UCAUAUAAUAACUUGCCUUUCCUUUUUAAAGAGGCCAGCCUGGCCUAAUCUUAAGUAAUCAGCCAAGUGCAAAUCCUCGGAAAAGGACAAGAAAAUGAGCGACGACCAUUACAUAACGUCAGAGGAUCCUGAUCAUCCAGCCAACCUCAUUCCAUCCCUAUGCGCCAAAUUCUGGACCUUAGGAUGGGUUACGGGCACAGGAGGAGGAUGUUCAAUUCGCAACGAUGACCUAGUGUACAUUGCACCUUCAGGUGUUCAGAAGGAGCUUAUGAAGCACACUGAUAUUUACGUGCUCGCCCUAUCCAAGCAGACUGACCUAAAAAACCGUGUCUACUUGCGUUCCCCGCCUUGCGGUAGACCCUCGCAAUGUACACCGCUGUUCCUCGCUGCCUUCACCAAGCGGGGGGCCGGCUGCUGCAUCCAUACCCACUCCCAUUGGGCCGUGCUGGUGACUCUGCUCCUCGAGACGCAGGGUCCUGGCCAAGACAAGCUGUUCGAAAUCAACAAUAUCGAGCAGAUCAAAGGUUUUGGUAAGGGUUUUCGGAAACAGGGUAAUCUAGGUUACCAUGAUACCCUCCGCAUCCCCGUCAUCGAGAAUACGGCCUACGAGGAGGAUCUUACCGAGUUCCUGGAAGAGGCCAUGGAUAAGCACCCUGAUACCUAUGCGGUUCUGGUUCGUAGACAUGGCGUCUAUGUCUGGGGUGAUAAUGUCCACAAAGCAAAGACUAUGUGUGAAAGGUGAACUCUGCCCCGCCCGAUACCGCUUUUGCAUAAUCGAUCUAAUAUUCGAUGUCAUCAACAGCCUCGAUUAUCUUUUCCAAUUGGCGGUAGAGAUGAAACAACUUGGCCUGCCAUGGCUGAGCGAUGUUCCAGUAGUGGUGCCUACCUCACAACGUUAACCAUCCUAAACAUUGCAC